AUGAGUGAUGAUUCCGAGGAAAUGCCAGAAGAACUGUUGGAAUUCGGAAGCAAUCUACGAAACUUACUUCUUACCUACAGAAAUGGAGUGCACGAGAACAAGCUUAUUGCAGACUUCCGAGAUGUUACAGGCGAAGACGUGCCAGAGAUUCUCGGCAAGUUUGAAUACAAGGGGCUUGACGAUCCGGAAUUACUUGAAGAUUUCGAGGAACUGAUCCGUUUCGAAAAUGGUAUAUUUCAUGGUAUUCCACUUGAUAUCCAAAUGGCUCAAGUAGACCUAAUUCGAAAGACAAGAAACAGAAAACUCGACAAAUUUGGACGGCGUCGAAGACGAAGACGAAAGCCACUCUUUGCCCGUCCACAGAUCUCGAAAUUCUUUGAGCAAAAAGAUGGUGAAGCGGAGGUUACCUUGCCGAGCCGCAGGAAGUGCUCACCUCCCGCUGAAAAAAGGGAAACUAGCUGCUACAUCUUCUCGAUGGAGACAAUCUACGACGGAAGCUCGUCGAAUGGCGUAAAACUCAUCCAGCUCAAGAAAGACAACAAAGACUUCAUCAACCUGUGGGUCAUUGGAGGAGAGGAGAAUCUCUUUUUCAGCAAAGAGUCCUUGCCAAAAGUUGUUGCGAAAGAGGAGGACGUGGACUUUCUCAACUGCCAAAUCGAGCGAUGGGCCGCUAAUCGUCUACUGCCAAUCGUCAAGUCGCCGCCAGUCAUUCCAAAGCCAGUCUACAGGAGCGAAAUCAAUCUGAUGAAACUCGAGAAGUUCUGCGACCUCUUACUCGACGAGACUUUCGAUUCCAGCGCUGGCACUCCUCUCAUUAGGCGCGGUGUCCACAACUAA